AUGCUACAGCUCAGACGCUACAGCUCAGACGCCACAGUACAGACGCCACAGUACAGACGCUACAGUACAGACGCCACAGUACAGACGCUACAGUACAGACGCCACAGUACAGACGGUACAGUACAGACGGUACCGUACAGACGCUACCAUACAAACGCUACAGUACAGACGCUACAGCUCAGACGCCACAGUACAGACGCCACAGUACAGACGCCACAGUACAGACGCCACAGUACAGACGCUACAGCACAGACGCCACAGUACAGACGCCACAGUACAGACGCCACAGUACAGAUGCUACAGCUCAGACGCUACAGCUCAGACGCCACAGUACAGACGCCACAGUACAGACGCUGCAGUACAGACGCCACAGUACAGACGCUACAGUACAGACGCCACAGUACAGACGGUACAGUACAGACGGUACCGUACAGACGCCACAGUACAGACGCCACAGUACAGACGCCACAGUACAGAUGCUACAGCUCAGACGCCACAGCACAGACGCCACAGUACAGACGCCACAGUACAGACGCUACAGCACAGACGCCACAGUACAGACGCCACAGUACAGACGCCACAGUACAGUCGGUACAGUACAGACGCUACAGUACAGACGCUACAGCUCAGACGCCACAGUACAGACGCCACAGUACAGACGCCACAGUACAGACGCUACAGUACAGACGCUACAGUACAGACGCUACAGCUCAGACGCCACAGCACAGACGCCACAGCACAGACGCCACAGUACAGACGCCACAGUACAUACGCCACAGCACAGACGCUACAGCACAGACGCCACAGUACAGACGCCACAGUACAGACGCUACAGUACAGACGCUACCGCACAGACGCUACAGUACAGACGCCACAGUACAGACGCUACAGUACAGACGCUUCAUUACAGACGCCACAGUACAGACGCUACAGUAG